AACACAAGCCUUUUUCUCCUUUUUCAUUUUGCGAACCCUAGAUGUGAACGACGAAUGAUGCGGCGAAUUGAUUUUGCAUUGAUUGAUUGUCUGUAUUGAAUUGAAGGAUAAUAAUUGAGCUUCAUAAUUACUCCAGUUAUUUUACUUUUUUUGAUAUUUUAAUUCACACUUCUAAUUUACUGGAAUCAGGCUUCUCAGUCUCAUACUUACCCUAACAUUUGUUAUAAUCUCAGAUUCACACUUCUAAUUUGCUGGAAUCAGGCUUCUCAGUCUCAUACUUACCCUAACAUUUGCUAUAAUCUCAGGUGUUGGCAAACUUGCUCUGAUGGAACCUCUUGUUUCAGACUUCUUCAAGGCUAGAGGACUCACAAAGUUUCAAAUAGAUUCAUUCAACAACUUUGUGAAUGUCGAUUUAAAGAGAACCGUUGAUGUUAAUGGAUUUAUCACGGUCAAGUUAUCUACGGAUGACGAAAACCAAUUUUCUUUGCGGUUAUUGGAUGCCCGAAUUGGUCGUGAUGAUAUCACCCGCACCCCACUUGAGUGCCGAUCAUGCGAUCUAACGUACACGGCUCCGAUACUUGUCGAUAUUGAAUACUCUCAAGGAAGAAGAGAUGAAAUACUGACACGAAAAGAGAACAAUGUUAAAAUCGGAAGAUUGCCGAUUAUGCUGCGGAGUUCUUGUUGUCUCUUGUACAAGAAAGAUGAAAAAAAGCUUGCAGAACUUGGUGAGUGUCCUCUUGAUCCCGGAGGAUAUUUUAUUGUUGAAGGGAAAGAGAAGGUUUUCUUAAUACAAGAGGAAAAUUUUGACAAAGGGAUCACUGUAUCCACAAAUGGUGAAGGAAAUGUUACUGCAUCUGUUACAAGCAGCAAAGAUAAGAUAAAAACAAAAACUAUCAUCACAAUGCAAGAUGAGAAGUUGUCGGUACAAUUGGAUGAAGUUACUAAGGUUCCUCUUAUGGUUGUAAUGAAAGCUAUGGGGAUGGAUAAAGAUGAAGUUAUACGAAUGAUUGGACAUGAUCCUUCUUAUGAUUCACUGCUUGAGCCAUCCAACGUGGAAUGCACCAACGAGGGUGUAAAUACAAAAAAACAAGCAUGGGCGUACCUCAAUUCAAAGGUCAACUGUCCUGGGUAUUCAAACAGGAAAUCUAAAAAGGGCGGAAAAGCACUAUUUUUCCUUAAAGAUGUAUUUCUUCCAGAAGUAUUGGUGGAUGGUGAUAAUUUUCUACCAAAAUGUAUAUUUGUUGGGGCUUUGGUGAGACGCAUAAUGGAUGCAUUUCGAAAUAACGAUGUGUUGGACGACAAGGAAUUUAUGGGUAACAUCCGACUAAAGCUACCUGGCGAGUUAUUAUCUCUUCUUUUUGAGGAUCUGUUCAAGUCUUGGAUAAAUGAAGUUCAGAAAGCGGCUCAGAAAAAGCUAGUCGAGUGGGCCCCGACCAAGCGAGACAAGUAUGGUCAUGAUACUACAUUCAGCAUGAAGGACUUUCUUGAUCGUGGAGGAGUUAGUUUCACUCGUGGUUUGGAGUUGACUCUCAAGACUGGAAAUUUUAAAGUUAAAGGGUUCAAUAUUGAUAGGAAAGGAGUAACACAGGUGCUACGGAGGUUAUCAUUUGUGAAUGCUUUGGCCCACAUGACCGAAGUUUUUCAACAGUUUGAGAAGUCCAGUGAAGUAAGUGGUGCUAGAGCUGUGCAUCCUAGCCGGUUUGGCAUGUUUUGUCCAUGCGAUACUCGUUUAGUUGAAGCCUGUGGACUAGUAAGGAACCUGGCUUUGAUGACUCAUGUCACUGCAAAUGUAGAGAAAGACUGCUCUAUUGAUUUGAUCCGUUUGGGUGUUCAACCGAUUGAGUCUCUCGAAGGAAUUUAUCUUCAUACACCAGAUUCCUAUGUUGUCAUUUAUAAUGGUGUGAUCCUUGGCAGGCAUGCAAACCCACAGGGUUAUGCUAAUCAUAUAAGAGGUAUGCGGAGAAGAGGUGGUGGUAUCAGCAAGUUUCUCAGUGUACAUGUCAAUGAAAAGCAGUGUUGUAUCUACUUAGCUUCUGAUGGUGGUAGAGUUUGUCGUCCUCUUGUCAUUGCUGACAAAGGGACCUCCAAAAUAAAAGAUCAUCAUAUGAACGAGUUGAAGGAAAGAAAGCGCACAUUUGAUUCUUUUGUAGAAGACGGUUUGGUUGAAUAUCUUGAUGCUAAUGAGGAAGAUGAUGCUUUGAUUGCAUUAUGUGAAGAAGAUGCACAAUUAGGAACAACACAUAUUGAGAUUGAUCCUUCUACUAUCUUAGGAGUUUUGGCGGGGAUAAUUCCAUAUCCUCAGCAUAAUCACUCAAUUGGAAACUUCAAACAGUGCACAGUAGGGAAACAAGCAAUUGGAAAUAUAGCAUCUAACCAGUUAUGUCGGAUGGAUUCCUUGCUUAACCUUCUGGUUUAUCCGCAACGACCUUUGCUGACUACAAAAGCAAUUGAGCUAGUUGGAUAUGAUAAGCUUGGAGGAGGCCAGAAUGCCAUUGUAGCUAUAAUGAGCUAUAGUGGUUAUGAUACAAGGGAUGCAAUUGUCAUGAACAGAUCGUCCAUUGAUCGGGGUUUUGGUCGUCGCACAGUUAUGAAAACUGAUACCGUCAUCAAACAAAACUAUACGAAUGGCACAUCCGAUCGGUUUCGCUGUCCCAAUAGAAUUGCAGACACUACUGGACGUAUGCAGAUUCUUGAUAAUGAUGGGAUUGCUGCUCCAGGGGAAGUUCUUAGGCCAUAUGACAUUUAUAUCAACAAGGAAUCACCAAUUGAUCUCCAUACUCUAAACAAAGGACUAUUAGAUGAUGGGGCAUAUAAGUCCACUGCACCAAGAUUUAAAGCUCAUGGCAGUGAAAUCGUUGAUAGGGUAGUUCUUUGCACUAAUCAGAAUAAGAACAUGUGUAUCAAAUUUCGAACCCGUCACACUCAUAGGCCUGAGGUCGGUGAUAAAUUUAGUUGCAGACAUGGGCAGAAAGGUGUUUGUGGAACAAUUGUCCAGCAGGAAGACUUGCCAUUUUCUGAGAAGGGCAUUUGUCCAGAUCUGAUUAUAAAUCCUCAUGGGUUUCCAAGUGGAAUGACUGUAGGGAAGAUGAUAGAGCUUCUUGGCGGGAAAGCGGGGGCUUUAUGCCAAAAAAUUCAUUAUGGCAGUGCUUUUGGGGAAGGAGGUGGUCACAAUGACAACAUUGAAACCAUAAGUGAAACUCUUGUUAAACAUCAUUUCAGCUACAGUGGGACAGACUUCAUGUAUUCAGGUAUUACGGGUUGCCCAUUGCAAGCAUAUAUUUUUAUGGGACCAAUAUACUACCAGACAUUAAAACACAUGGUGCUUGACAAGAUGCGUGCUACUCAUGGUUGUCGUACUAAUCUUGACAUCCUAACAAGACAACCUAUGAAAGGUAUACGCAUUGGAGAAAUGGAAAGAGACUGCUUAGUUGGAUAUGGUGCUAGUUUGUUGAUUUUUGAGCGAAUGAUGUUAUCUAGUGAUCCUUUUGAAGUUCAGGUCUGUAGAAAGUGUGGGUUGUUAGGAUAUUACAACCAUAUGCUGGAAAUUGGUAUUUGUUCUUCUUGUAAGGACUCAGACAAUAUUUCUACCAUUAAGCUACCAUAUACAUUCAAGCUCUUAAUACAGGAACUCCAAUCUAUGAAUAUUGUUCCCCGCUUAACACUUGGAGAAGAAUGCCAAAGAUGAAGAAUGCAUGUUUUGUUGUGGAAUGCAUGUUAAUCUCAAACAAAUACAGGGGAAAGUAUUCGGUUUUGUUGAACUCUUUAAUGUUGUGCAACCCAAACCAAAAAUUUUGGAGUAGAAAAAAUCUUGUUCAUUCAUUAGCUUCGUUUUUCUUGGGACAAGAUUUUUGUUAGUUUCUAUCGCACACUAUACCAUACAAUGAUGAUCACAUGCUAUAUUAAUGAUCGUUGAUAUAUGUUUAGUAACACUUUUAUCUUAGCUUGUUCUUUUUGAACUUGAAAAACAAAAUUCUUCUAAAAUUGAUUUUCUUAAAAUUAAGUUUGAAAGGAAGGUUUUGUCUAA